AUGCUCCGAAACUUCGUAAGACACCUGUCGUCAGCUCGGCCAAGCCUCUCUACGAUACUUCCCAAGAAGAAAACAAUCAACAGACUUCUUUUCGAUGCGGAUGCACGUUUGGCAUACUCAAAGAUGCUUCCCAUCUUGAAUAGCGUCUACACCAACCUUGAUGAACCAGAGCAAAUAAGACUACCUCCGUACACAAAGCAUGAUGAUCUCAUGAUUCUCCGGUCGAUUUUGCACAACUUGCGAUCGGUCACCAAUUCGGUGAAUAAGAAUUUGGUAGACUUGGAGAAUGAGUUAGUCGAACAAGCUGCAGAAUUGGGAAACAAUGAUGCCAUCGCUAUGCUUGCCUUUGAACUGAUAGCUUCUCCAGAUACACUGCCAGAAGACUAUGAGUAUGCGAAUGGGCUUAUUCGCCAGUUGACAGAAAGAAAACAUCCUCUUCUGUUCAAGUUGGCAGGCGACCUUGCCUUUUCGAAAAAUUAUCAUGCACAGGCGGCCCAAUAUUGGCACGAGUUUUUGGAUUUAGAGGACAAAACGGUGUUGGCAAGUCAUGUGCAUUCCAACUUGGGGAUUUAUUAUUACCAUUACGUGAAACCACACGCAGACUUGGUACGUGCUAAGAUGCAUCUUGAAAAGGCAAUUUGCUUUGGUGAAUUAGACACGCAUAUAGUCAAGGCUCAUUACUACUUGGGACAGCUCUACACUAUUACGGAUCCAGAACUAUCACGUUAUCAUUUGGAAAUCAGUGCGUCUAGAGGAUUACAAGAAAGCUUUCCAUCGUUGGGUUUUAUGGAACUCAAUGUGUUUGAUAAUGUGCCCAAAGCGCUAGAAUGGUUCAAAUUGGGUGUCGAAGCGUCAAGUGACCUUGCAUGUCUUGUGGGCCAAUUUGACGCUCAUGUACGGGCACACAAGCAGACACAUGCAUUGAAUGUUCUCUCUAACUUGCAACAUUUGAAAGACAAAUUGGAUAAGGUGCUCUUAGCUGGGCGUUCCUGA